UUCCUUCUAUAAAACAACUAUCACAAUCCCAUAGCUGUUUCUUAACUUUGUUCUCUUCCACCACGCCCAGGGUCUCUCAUUCUCAGCCCCACCAAAGAAAGAAAAAUGCUUCUCAGAAGCGCUUCCUCACCAAUCUCAAAAUCAUCUACUGGUGGUAGUAUUUUCCAACCAUUUCCGGAAUCGGAUGAAGUUCUCCGUAUUUCGACUUCUCGAUCCCUGUCCAUGUCACUCUCGUCCAGUUCUUCAUCUUCUCCUAUUGACAACAACCGGGCGAUGAAGAUAUCUCGAACGAUGUCGGACAGCAAUCAAAGGCCCAGGAGCCUUUCUCUGGCGAAGAAGACAAAGGUUGACCCCUGUGCGGGAAUUUGUUCAGGAACGGCGUCGUCGAGGAGUUCGGUUGGGUUGGAUAAAGGGUAUAUUUUUGGUUAUGGUGGUACUGUUGGGUGUGGCGGUAGGGGAGAUAGCAACGAAGGUAAUGGGAAUUGGGAUAAUGAGAGUGAGAAGAUGGAUGAGUAUUACCAGAAAAUGAUCAUGGCGGACCCUGGCGACGCUCUUCUUCUCGGCAACUAUGCCAGUUUCUUAAAAGAGGUGCGACGUGAUUUUGUGAAAGCAGAAGAGUACUGUGAAAAAGCAAUUUUGGCUGACCCCAAAAAUGAGAAUGUUCUGUGUCUCUACGGGGACUUGAUAUGGCAUAAACACAAGGAUGCUCCUCGUGCUCAGUCCUACUUUGAUAGAGCCAUUCACUCUUCCCCUAAUGACUGUUACGUUCUUGGUUCCUACGCUAAAUAUCUUUGGGAAGCUAAUGAAGAUGAUGGUCUGCAGGCAGUACCCUAGAAUCUACAUCCCAGAUUAAUGUUUCCCGAGGGUGUUCUCCCAGACCAAUGUCUACUAUGAAGGUUGCAUCUUUUCCAGCCUUAUUUUCUCUUCAUUUUUUUAAGGAUCUCUCUUGCCCCAAUUUUGUUCAAUACAGCGGUAGAGUGCUUUUGGACCUUUUGUUAUAAUAUAUGCAGGAAAUUGCUUGUCCUGUUAACGGAUACAUCUCUAAAUAUCCGUACCAUUCUUUUCUUAUGUGAUGGUUAUCACUCUUCUUCCUUGGUACUACAGAUAUUCUCAAAACUCAGAUUUUCCUUGUCC